AUGCCUUCCGAUACAGCUGGAAAGACCAUCACUUGCAAGGCGGCCGUCGCCUGGGAAGCCGGCAAAGACCUUUCAAUCGAGGAUGUCGAGGUCGCUCCCCCCAAGGCCCACGAGGUCCGCAUCCAGAUCUACUAUACUGGCGUCUGCCACACUGACACAGAUGCAUAUACUUUGUCCGGCAAAGACCCGGAGGGCGCCUUCCCUAUCAUCCUGGGGCACGAAGGUGCCGGCAUUGUCGAAUCCGUGGGAGAGGGUGUCACCAAUGUGAAGGUUGGAGAUAAUGUUGUCGCGCUCUACACUCCCGAAUGCAAGGAAUGCAAAUUCUGCGUAUCUGGCAAGACCAACCUCUGCGGCAAGAUCCGAGCAACUCAGGGUCGAGGUGUGAUGCCGGAUGGGACGUCGAGGUUCAAGUGCAAGGGCCAAGACCUGCUUCACUUCAUGGGAACCUCCACCUUCUCGCAGUACACCGUCGUCGCCGACAUCUCCGUUGUGGCCAUCACAGAUAAAGCUCCGAUGGACAGGACCUGCCUGCUGGGGUGCGGUAUCACUACCGGUUACGGUGCUGCCGUGAUUACUGCCGAUGUCGAAAAGGGCUCGAAUAUCGCUGUAUUUGGCGCGGGCUGUGUUGGCCUGUCGGUUAUCCAAGGUGCCGUUAAGAACGGUGCGGGCAAGAUCAUCGUGGUCGACGUGAACGACAAGAAGAAGGAAUGGGCGGAAAAGUUUGGCGGUACUGACUUCGUCAACCCCACCAAGUUGGAUGGCCAGACUAUCCAGGAGAAGCUGGUCGAGAUGACCGACGGCGGCUGUGACUAUACCUUUGACUGCACGGGCAACGUUGGAGUUAUGCGGUCCGCUCUCGAGGCCUGUCACAAAGGCUGGGGUCAGUCCAUCAUCAUUGGUGUCGCCCCAGCCGGUGCCGAGAUCUCCACGAGGCCAUUCCAGCUCGUCACGGGCAGAGUCUGGCGCGGUUGCGCUUUCGGAGGUGUCAAGGGCCGCACCCAGCUUCCUGGCCUGGUCCAAGACUACCUGGAUGGCAAGCUCAAAGUGGACGAGUUCAUCACCCACCGUCAGCCAUUGGACAAGAUAAACGAAGCCUUCCAUGAUAUGCAUGCCGGCGAUUGCAUCCGAUGUGUGGUUAACAUGAGGGAAGCCUGA